CAAUUUGUGGAAUUAUGAUAUAUUCAAAUCAUGAGUUAUGGUUCAGCUUAUCAUGUCAGAGUGCACCGUUACAGUACAUAUAAUGGCGAUUGAUUCGUACCUACUUGAGUGGGGAUGCCCUGUGUGGGGAUACACCUGCAGAAACGGUGUACCUCAUUUCCUCCUCAACUAGAGUAUCGAACAAAUGUGCAAACGCUGAUCUUCUGUUUUUUUUUACAUUUUAAAAACUACUGGCAAAUGAUCACGAGUACUGUCAGCCCGGUGCUGAAAUUUGGCCUUCGAUUUCUCGGCAUCUGGCCGGAUGCCUCUGUGUAUUCUAAUGUUUACUGGUUUAGUUUUAUGAUAAGCAUAUUGAUGGUACAGUAUUUCCAGUAUUUAUACAUUUUUCAACACUUGAAGAUCAGCGAGCUCUCGAAUCUUAUUGAUUGUUUGAUUGUGACUUUAGAUUAUAGUUUGACAGUUUUUAAAUUGAUUGGUUUGUGGAUACAACGUCGAGUUUUUCAUCAAAUCCUGGCCGACAUGGAUAAUGAUUGGCGCGAGUGUAUCAAUACCGAGCAUUUAUCUGUGAUGACAAUUAAAGCGAAUAUAUCGCAUUUCAUCUGUAAUGCUUUAUUUGGUAUUAAUACGUUUAUUGGAGCACUUUACCUUUUAGGCGACUACGUAAUUCAUUUUGUACUUUUAACUGAAGACUACAACGUUACUUUGCGACAGCUUCCCAUAAAAUUACAACUACCUUUUGAAACUCAACGCUCGCCGAUAUUUGAACUUCUCAUUAUAGCAAUAUUUGUACAAGUGAUGCUACAUGUGUGCACGUUUUGUACUCUGAAUGGAUUGAUUCUCACUUUGGUGCUACACGUCAGUGGACAAAUAGAUAUAAUGUGUCAUGAGUUAAAGAAUGUUUCUAAAAAUGCUCUUUUUCAUGAAUCUACGUUGUCUUUAUUUCAAGUGCAGAUCGAGAGACAUAAAAAAAUUAUUUCAUUUUCCAAGAACAUUGAAUCACUUUUCUCCUUUUUUGCGUUCAUGCAAGUUUUUUGGAAUACAUUAGUUAUUUGUUGUUUAGGGUUUAUAAUCAUAUUUUCUAUUCAUAACAAAACUGGGACUUUCGUAUUAAUAAAAACUAGUUCUGGUUAUUUCGUUGCAAUGACUGAAGCCUUUAUUAUUUGUUUUGCCGGAGAAUAUCUUAGCAUGAAGGGUAAAUUAAUUGCUAAUGCUAUAUACGAAAUGAUGUGGUAUGACAUGCUGUCAAGUCAAAGUAAAAUUAUAAUAUUCAUAAUAAUGAGAUGUCAGAAGCGAUUGACGAUUACGGCAGGCAAAAUGAUGGAUAUGUCAUUCGAAACUUUUACAAGUAUUAUAAAGGCAUCAGCAUCAUACAUAUCCGUUUUGAAUGCUAUGUAUUGACACAAAGAAGACUGCAAUAUACAAAU